GUAAGUGUAACGUUAUGCCUCAGGUCAUUGGUGGAGCAAGUCACGUGAUCUGCCUCUUCCACUCACCUUUGCGCUCACUCCUCCUCCGCGCUGUCCACUCCGGGCGGUGUCGCGGCUCCAGCAGCCAGUGUCAGGUGUCUGGCAGGUUUUCUCACAAGCUUUGGCUAAACGGAAGUUCCCACAGGUUGACAGCCAUGGAGAACGGCUCAUUUGUUCGGGGCUCCAAGGCGACGCAGUCCUUGCGUAUCACCGCCAAGGAGCUGUCGCUCGGCGGGCGAGGGAAAAGCUCUGGCCUUGCAAAAAUAUUCUCCAAGUACCAGAAGAAUGCAGAGAAAUCCAGUGCAGAGAAGAAAGGAGCCACUGAUGGUGCUCCAUCCUCUCUGCGCUCCGGAAAACUGAAUUCCCUGAAGAAUCAAUUUGAAAAAGCAGUCAACCUAAACCAGGAUAAAAAGCCUCCUGCUCCCCUUCCGAGCGGCUCCAGCAUUCUCCGCUCACGCUCCGUCCUGACCAGGCCUGCUGCCAUCCGCGAGGAGCCCGCCGCGCCCGUCAAGAACCAGGACCCGCACGCCGACAGGGGGGAUCAGCGCGCAGCCAGACCCGAGCAGCAGCAGCAGCCGCCUGCCGCCCCGGCGGGCGACAAGCAGAGAGGGAUGGACGGGGAUGAGGCCGCAGACAGGCGAAAAGCCGAGCCGAUCGAGGAGGAAGCUCCCACCAGCCCACUCGCCACUUUUGAGAAACCCAAAGUGCAGCUGACUGACCUGAAGAUGAAGUUUGAGAAGGGAGAAGACGCUGCUGGACAGGUCGGCAGGUCGACGAUUCGCAGCACUUCGUCUGAAGACUCAGAACGUCCUAAAAAUUCGUCUCCGCUGACCCGCUCUGCGUCUGUGAGGGUGAAUAAGGCCAAGUAUGAGCUGAGUGUCGCUAAACAUAACGCCGGCUGCUCUACCGACCAACCAAAAGGGACUGCUAUAAGGAAAUCUGUGUCCAUGAGAGUCAAACAGACUCCAGCAGCAGAGUGCAAUGGAGAAGGAACUGAGCAACCCAGAGCAACCAGGCAGACGUUUCGCGUACCAGAGACAACAAAAUGCGCUGCCUGUCAGAAAACGGUGUAUCCUCUGGAGAAACUGGUGGUUGGUGAGCACACUUACCACAAAAACUGCUUCGCCUGCUCUCACUGCAGCACAAAGCUGAAUCUGUGGAACUACGCCUCCCUGCAUGGUAAGAUCUACUGCAAGCCUCACUACAACCAGCUGUUCAAGGCCAAAGGGAACUACGACGAAGGCUUCGGCCAUCGCCCUCAUAAGGAGCUGUGGGAGCCUCGAGGCGACGGAGAGGAAAGCGAGGAGCCGCCAAAGCCCAAAGAGCGACCAGUGGAGGCGAAGCAGCCGGCUGAGAGCGUGUCCGAGCCGCAGCCGGAUCCCAGCGGGGAAACGUCGCCACAGGUCAAGGUCACAGACAUGGCCGCCUUGCUGGAGACCCGCACAAAAACGCGGGCCGGCUCCGGAGAGACGCAGCAGGCUGCAGACAAGCCGGCUGAGAAGCGGCGGCUGAAGGUGGCCUGGCCGCCUCCGGCCGGCGAAGACCGCCCUGGACCGCUGAGUCCGUCCGCAGACGACGUCCCUUCAAACAGAACCCGGAGGGCCAAGUGGCCCCCAGAGGACGAGGUCCACUCAUCCUUCCAGAGCUCGGAGCAGGCCGAGCUGAAGAGCUUGAGAAGGACCUCGUCUCUGAAGGAGCGCAGCCGUGUGUUCACAGUCGCAGCCAAACCGAAACCGACUCCCACAGCCGCCGAGGGCCGCAGGGAGCCGCGGCGGCCACUCAGACAACUGCAGGACUGGAGGGCAUCGCUGGAGGAGAAACUGCCAUCUGAAGACAAACCCAAAGUAAACCACCAGCAGGAGGAAAAGGAAGAGCAGAGGAUGAAUCAGACGCCAAACGGAGGCGUGAGCACCCCGAAGGAGGAGAAUCCCACUGAGGACGAGGAGGAACGGAAGGAGAGAGCGCAGGAG